UGAGCUAUGUAACAAUAAUGUCAGAAAUGUUAAAAUCGUUAAAAAUGUCAUACUAAUACAGCUUAUAACUAUAAGUUAUAUGUCAUUCUUAGUCUUACUCUUCUGCUUAGUUCUGGUUAUGUCAGGACCAGUGUGUGUAAAUGUUUAUGCCACCAGUGCAACGACUGAAAACCUCAGUCGUCAUGAUAUGUUAAGUUGGGUGAAUGGAUGUUUACAGACUCAGUAUAGCAAGAUUGAGGAACUAUGUACAGGUGCAGCAUACUGCCAGUUUAUGGACAUUCUUUUUCGUGGAUGUGUACCGUUAAAAAGAGUCAAGUUCAGAACGAACCUAGAACAUGAGUACAUAAACAACUUCAAAAUUCUUCAGGCAGUUUUUAAAAAAGUUAAAGCAGACAAGAAUGUUCCAGUUGAUAAAUUGAUCAAAGGUAGGUUUCAGGACAACUUUGAAUUCCUACAGUGGUUUAAAAAGUUUUUUGAUGCCAACUAUGAUGGACAAGAAUAUGAUGCUCUUGAAGCAAGGGGCGGUAUAGAAGUUGGUAGUUCAAAAGUAGAACGACCAGUAGGAGCUAGAGAAUUGUCUAAACCUGUUGGAAGAGCAGUACCCACACAGAGAGUUAAGACCACACCACCAAAACUUGGUAGUGGAGGAAACAGAAUGGUAACCUCAACAGGCUCUCAUAAAGUGGAGGAGAUGUCAAACCAGGUUUCAGAGUUGAAGUUGACAGUAGAGGGCCUCGAACGUGAACGAGACUUCUAUUAUGGGAAGCUUCGGGAUAUUGAAGUUGUUUGUCAGGAAUCAGAACAAGAAGGAGAAAAGAAGAAUUUAUUAGAUAAAAUACUGGAUGUAUUGUAUGCAACAGAGGAAGGGUUUGCUGUUCCUGAGGAAGGACUGGAAGAUGGAGCAGUAAUUCCUCAAAAUGACGAAGAAGAAUACUAGGCUUAUUAGUGUAUGCUACAAAUUUGGUGUAAGAGAAACUAUUCUGAUUUUUUUUUUUUUGUCUUCUUGGUAAUUGAAGCGAGUCUUAACUUUUUAACAGUGCUUGAUUGCGGGCUGGAAAUGUAUUGUUUUGAACAUGACAUUCAUGUAGUCAUGACAUAAAAUUGUAUGCUUUAGGUAGAAUACAUUUUGUUGCAUAUCUUCACAACUUUUUUUUUAAAUAAAAAGGAACAAAAUGUUAAAAUA